AUGACGCAAAGCUCCUCUUCGUUGAAUGUACUUCCCACCGAGCUCAUUGUCAGAGUGUUGGCUGAACUAGAUGCACUCAGCUUGACGACAUGUAAAUCGGUUUGCAAAAUGUUUCAUGAUAUAAUCACCGAGACGGCUCGCCUUAUCUAUGAUAUCGAAUUAGUAGUCGCUGAACGAGAAGAUGGGUUGAGCUGUAGCUUAUCUGCGAUGGAGAAAUUGGAACUACUCAGGAACCAACAGGCGCGCUGGGACAAGCUUGAAUGGAGUUCACAAACACGUUAUCCGAUGAAAGACGCUGGGCUUUGGGAACUUUUUGGGAACGUUCUAGCGCAAAAUAAUCCCGAUGGAAGCUUCGUCUUUGUACAGUUACCUUCCGUACAUCGAAAUAUUCCUGAACGAGAAUGGAAGGUCAAGCCUACAACACCACGGUUUGUCCGCGACUUUGGAAUGGAUCCCAGUCAGGAUCUGCUUGUGUUGAUUGAGACGCCUCGACGGUCGGCAGGGAGAGUGGAUCGGCACCAUUGUAUAUACCUACGAUCAAUGUCAACGGCAACAAAACACCCUUUGGCCACAGAAUCAGGAUGUAUCAAGCACCUUCGUCAUUUUUUCGACCCGGAUACGUCCUAUUCUAUCCAAAUAUCAUUGGAAUUCCUCGCGAUAUUUUUCCAUACUGCAUCGGACCUUUCAGCGAACGAGUUUGUCAUCUGGGAUUGGAAAACAGGUCAAACAAAAUUGCACGUCGUAGGCAACGAACUUGGAUCUUUUUGCCUCUUAUCAGAAAGAUAUGUUCUCCUAUCUCUCCUCACCAAUCUUCCGGACGGGAGGGAUCAUGCUCAACUGCUUAUUGUUGAUUUUGAGCAAGAGGAUCCUCAUAGACAAUCAUACCUCAAUAUUGCCCAUGGCUUUAAAUUGUCUCUCCCAAUAUUUCAUCAAUCUGUCGAAAUCCGCAGCUUCACUCUCAGAUCAGACCCUCCGUCUUCUUGGGCUCCUCAAUCUGACCUCAAUGUCCCAUUUCAUAUAGCGCAAGAUGCGAGGGUCUUUGUCGCCUCUAUUUGGGUGCAUAGAGAUACUCUCCGUCAUCUGGCCCUUCUUAUCCCUCUACACACUCUGCUUCGUCACAAGGAUCUCUCGGGGCCAAUUUCCACGAAAGAGCCGACGUUGGUUUGGGAAGCUUGGGGUCCCCAAGGUUCUCGAAUGACGGAAAUCUACACCCGAAACCCAUCUUUCGAGAUAUGGGCAUGUAAUGUUUACGGAACUAAAUUUGUGUUUCCAGAAUGCAGCGAUCGGUCGAAUCAUACUUACACUUUGCAAGUGUUUGAUUUCAACCAAAAAGCUUUCAGAAACGCGAUAUCACAUGGUCAAAAAGUCAGCGACGUAGACGUUUUAAAUAUGGAUUCCUUGGAAUGCGACUCGAGUCUUUGUAUCACUGCUCCCAGUAUAUUCACAGCAGGAGAUAUCUUCCUUCAAGAAACUAGGACCACUCUACCAUAUCGUUGGAUAGCAAAGAUGAUGCCCUCUUUACACCCGACUUGUUCUUCAAUGUGUAGUGAGGAUUCGAUCAUCGUGGUGGACUUUGUGCGUAGGAUGCGAGUGUUAUGA